CCUCGCGAGAUCUGACAGCCGGGCUUGCUUUCUGAGGGGUAUGGGAGGGCUCUGGCGUCCGGGAUGGAGGUGGAUCGCUUUCUGGGGCGAGCGCUGCAGCCGCCUUGGGCCUUCGUUCGGGGCUGCGGAGAGGGUAGAGCCAUUUCUUAGGCUAGGGUGCAGCGGGACAAGAAGUGCUGUGACGGGGUUGAGGCGGCUCGGGACAUGGAAGCGGCCGAGCCGGGCCCGGGACCCGGCCGAACAGCCCGGGCGCCGCUUGAAGAGCACGAACCCUUUCACGCGCGCGCAAGAGGAGGACUGGCGGCGGCGGAACAAGACGGUGCUCACGUACGUGGCCGCGGCCGCCGUAGGCAUGCUGGGGGCGUCCUACGCCGCCGUGCCCCUGUAUCGGCUCUAUUGCCAGACCACUGGACUUGGAGGAUCAGCAGUAGCAGGUCACGCAUCAGACCAGAUUGAGAACAUGGUACCAGUUAAGGAUCGAAUCAUUAAAGUUACCUUUAAUGCAGAUGUGCACGCAAGUCUCCAGUGGAACUUUAGACCUCAGCAAACGGAAAUAUAUGUGGUGCCAGGAGAGACUGCACUUGCAUUUUAUAAAGCUAAGAAUCCUACUGACAAACCAGUAAUUGGAAUUUCUACGUACAAUGUUGUGCCAUUUGAAGCCGGGCAGUAUUUCAAUAAAAUACAGUGUUUCUGUUUUGAAGAACAAAGGCUUAAUCCCCAAGAGGAAGUGGAUAUGCCAGUGUUUUUCUACAUUGACCCUGAAUUUGCUGAAGAUCCAAGAAUGGUGAAUGUGGACCUCAUCACGCUUUCUUACACAUUUUUUGAAGCAAAGGAAGGGCACAAGUUGCCAGUUCCAGGCUACAACUGAAGUCAGUAACUAAGUCCUGCUUCAGAUCUGUGAUUUUUGAAAAAUCAUGUUAUCCUGCUUUCUCAGAGGAGAAAUACUCUUCCAUCAUGUGAAAUACUAUAAAAGGUUCUAUUUGUCUCCAGUUUACUCCAUUUAAAAUUGAGAGAAAAGCUAGGAGUUGUAUUGUAAGAAAACCACAUGCCUAUGUAGUAUGUAUGACUGUUCAAUAUCAUAUUUAAGAGUUUCAUGGUAGUAUUAAAAGAAAUUGUUUUGUUAAUUAUAGCAUAUAUUUGAUAGUGGACCCUAAUUGAACAGUUGCCUUCCAAAUUAUUACGCUUCAUAAUUUUAACAAUGAAUUCAAUAUUUUUUUUUUAAAUUAUGUCCAAGGUUAUCUGUUUCAGAAUUUAGGCCAGAACAUCUGACCAUGGCUGUUAUUAUUAUCUAUAAAAUAAUUGGCCAAUAUUUUCCUUUAGUUGACCAGUCACAAUUUUAAAAACUCAAAGAAUUGCUAAGCCCUAACUGCUUGCCCAAAGAUCAUAUUCUUAUUUCAGAUUUGACUUCAUUUUGGUCUAUGGCGAUUUUACAUUCAGACUACUGAAUAAAUAAAUAAACUGUGGUGUCAUGAAAUUUAAACAAAAUGUGUAAGUACAUCUACUAAGCUGCUAGUAUUUACAAUUUAGUUCCAAGUCCUUGAAUGUUAAAAUGUAAGGAUGGAAUUGUAAAAAUUUGCUGAUAUCAGAAGUUCUGGGAACUGUAAAAAAGAUGUAUUAAAUUAUUU